CUACAUUCGGUAAUUUCCCCUUAUCUUAUGUAAUUAUUCAUCGCAGUGUACUUGAGAUAAAGGUGUUUGCUGUUUAUUAAUCGGAAUUUGAUGCCUUUAUUUCCAGUUUUCUUGCAAAAAAUCUAUAGUUUAAGGAUAACAUGGGAUUGAGAAAAAGUGCCUUACCGGAUAAUGAUUUGCUUGGAGAAUAAAAUACAAAAUAAAAGAACGUAGAAUAAAUAAGACACAUAAAAAUUGUCAAUGAACUUCUAAAACUUUAAAUAAUUAGAUUAACAGCUGCAAAAUAGAGUGAAUUUAUUACUGACUGUUACAAGAAGUUUGAUAAAUUUUGAUGUCAUCACAUUUGGAGAAAAAGUAAUCAAAAUUAUCGAAAGUCUUAUUUCCCUGCUUUUAGUUUUUGAUAAUCUAGAAAUCGGUUUUCAAAGUUUGUUAAAAUCAAUUAAAAAUGACUGAAAGUAGAAAAUGUUUUACAUUCAUCUGGAAAAUUAAGAAUUUCAGCUUUGGUUUCAACGGAAAAUGUAUUCUGAGUCCAUCUUUCGAUGCCCAAACAUUGGACGGAAUUAAAUGGGAAGUAGGGAUAAGUUUUAAUAUCGAAAAGAACGUUGCUUGUUUGAUUUCUGCAAGAGAGUAUAAUGCCUCCGUUCUCAAAUGGCCUGAAUUAGAUUUCGAGCUUUCCUUUCUCGCAGGGGAUGGAUCAGUUCUACAUUCGAAAAUAUUCAUUAAGAAAAUACUACAAUAUCCUGAUUUUUCAUUACUCUAUGUGAUAAAAGAUAAAACGUUCUUUCAUCAGAAACAUCUGUUUAUUCCUGGUGACACUCUGACAGUCCGUUGUAGAAUGUGGAAGAGUGGGGAAUCGAUUUCGCAAUCGGAAAUGUGUUUUGCCGAGACUCAAAUCGAAACUUUUUCUUCCAAAGCUUUUGUCGGAAGCAUCAAACGAUUUAGCAGCUUACAAGCUGGGGAAAAAUAUCCGCUAUGUGUUAAAUCACCUUCAACAGAAAUUUCUUUCUGUUCCACGAACCUUUCGAUUGUCUCUGAUGGCAAACUUGAAGUUGAAGUCAUACCCAUCAGUAGGCCAUUUGUAAUAUUUUAUUACAGAUGUAAAAUAUUUAUCUUGGAUCGACGUGGAAAUAAAGUGAAAUCCGGUGAUGGUGAAUUUUAUGACACGCAAUCGCAUUCUAUUCCUCUUACCUUCUCAAAAGAUUACUUGGUAAACAGUAAAGAAUACUUUCUUCCGAACGAUGAGCUAACCAUCUGUUGCGACUUUAUUCUUCCUGGAACUAAAGCAGAACAAGAACUUAAACAUAUAUAUGAUUGUCAAGACAUGAACGAGAUAACAUCUAACAUUAAUAACCAAGACGAAUCUUCUGAAAAACCUCGUAUCGAAAACUCGGCAACUCUGAAGGAUGACUUGAUUUCAUUACUCAAUGAAGGCAUUUUUUGCGAUACGAAACUUAAAACCGCUACUAAAACUUUUCCAGCCCAUAUAGCCGUCUUAAGCGCGCGGUCUCAAGUUUUUAAAUCUAUGUUUGCAACCGAUAUCAGAGUGAAAAUGGAUAAUUGCGUCGGCAUUGAUGACUUGGAUGCUGACACAGUACGUCGAAUGCUCUUAUUUAUAUACUCGGAUACCCUGGAUGACUUAGAUUAUGAGAGUGCCAAAAGUCUGUAUUUCGCAGCUGAUAAAUACAGCAUUGUUUCACUGAAGCUCAGAUGUUCCAGGUUCUUGAAGCAGAAGCUCCUGCAGUCGAAUUGUUGCGACGUCCUCCUUCUAGCAGACAGACAUCAAGACAACGAUCUGAAAAAAGCUGUUCAAGAAUACAUUGCGAAAAACGGCGAGGAGGUUCUUUUCUCGGAUGAAUGGAAAAAUUUGGAGAAGGAUCAUUCUCUGUUGACAAUAGAAGUGUUGCGAUUCAUGUAUUUGAAAAAUAGGAGGAACUAAGGGCGAACUAGGUUAGUUGGAACAGUUUGUAAAACCACAUUCCCGGUUAUUUACAUUUCUAUAGUUUUAUGAUCAGAAAGUCUAAUAUGUGGUAAUGAAAAAUUAUUGAAAUUAUUCGAAAUUAUGGCAAAAUGAUCUUAAAAUGAAAAAUUACUCGCCUAGUUUGUUUUUUAAAAAGUGCAUAAUUUAAUAUGUGUUGCUUUUUAUACAUCCUGUAUUUUUUUUAACAAAAAUGACGGC